GCAAGAUGUAACAGACGAGUGCUUCUAUUGGGCGGCCAGACAACUUAGGACUCUCAACCGAUUAAACUGUAUUGCAAGUCUCAAUGCUAUCUUCAAGCGUCAAACAACAACCUGAGAGGUCCGUCCAGUGACUUCUUUAAAUCCCCUUGGACGCCACAAACCACCGACUCUCUUUCAUCAGCCAUCACGACGUGCCAGGCAACGCCGUCUUUCUGGCAGGAUUGCACAACCUGGAAGACCGCUCCUGCAUCGGAGACGGGCGUCGACAAGUUAAGCUUUCUUCCCCAGAAACCACAAAGAGAUGCGAAUUGUCAGCCCUAAUCGCAAUCUGUCCUGCCUGGUUCGUCCGUUUGCACGCCGUUCCGAGCAACCAAACGAAGACGGAUUGACUCUCGCUUGACCACACAUCUAUACUAUCUGUUUACACCAAAAUGCUCGACGGCAAGAUGGACCCCAACGAUGUCUAUCCAUCAAAGCCUUUAGAGCCUACCGAGCCACCAUUGGCCGCGCCACCACAACAGCAGUAUAACGAACCUAUGCCUGAUGCGACGGGACGCACGUCACAAAGCCAAGAUGUUGAUAUGAGAGAUACUCCCCCAAAGUCACCAGAGGGACACGAUUACCCAGAUAGUGCCGCAACAAUGGGACGCUUGGAGCAACCCAUUCCUUUGGCACCUCGGGCACCAAAACCGCCGCAACAGUCCCCCCGGGAAACCCCACCUCCAUGGCAGCCUGUUCACGUAUCGCAAUACGGACACACAAAUCGACAACCGAUCCCAGAAGGAUACACAGUAAAGACGACGGUAGCUACGGGCCAACAAGCUCUAGUGGUACCUCAAUAUCACCCUCCAUCAAAUUGUCCAGCAGCGUCUGCAGGACAAGCGCCCCCAGUGCAACCCUAUCGUCCGCCACUGGUAUACUCCCCGUCAGUUGUUCUCUCCUUCGAUCCUGGGUAUCAGCAUAGUUUGAAGCCCAGGAUCUAUCGCCAUGUUCACCGCGGCAUUAUUCACGAACUUGAGUGUAUCCCAAUGGUCUAUAAAUCCGCGGGAGAAGAGACCAGGGUGAUCUGGGAAGUUAUCCAGGACGGCCAUCACCUUAAUUAUAGUGAUGAACCGAACUUUCUCCUGUCCCCCUAGCAGCUGGAGGAAAGGAAUCGACGUCGAGGUGAGACAUGAGGCAAUGGCUAGCAUUACAAAUACCCAUCAUGUGCUGAACAACAUAUCACUACCUUGGCGUUGCAUUUUUAGGGGACUUAAUAGCAGGAAAAAGACAGCGAAAAUACCUUAGCGAGGCAGGGCCUACAAAAUGUUUGUAAAUAGCCAAAAAACAACGCAAGAACAAGAACUACCUACAUGGCUCUGUCAAAUCCGAGGGGUUGUAACGGCUGAUACACUGAGCACCGCUCACUCACU